GUCAUCUUAUGAAAAUUUUUAUAUUUCAAUAAGAUAAAACGAUUAAAUAAAUUCCUAUUGCAAUUUAUUAAUGCUUAUGUACUUAUAAACGAUAUAAUCGUUACAUGAUAUCAUUAUUUACGUAUUGUGACGUGACUGAGCAUCCUGAGUUACAAGGAUCGUGAGAUCUGACUACAAGAAAGUUACUAGAAUUUUACGUUCUUCCAAUGCGGGAGAGAGCAUUUUCGCGAUCGCGCUACUGAUCUCUUUGCGCGAUAAUUCCUUUUUUUCUAUUAACCCAUGGGGUUGCAAGGAUUUCUCAGGGUUGCGAGUUUAAAAGAAACCUCGUUUAUCAUCUCCGAAACCUCUCUAUUCUACCUCGUCCGAUUUUAUCACUUUUUCAUUCCGUCUCGUAACUGCUCGCGUUUGCACUGAUCCAUUGCAACGUUUAUCCGCCCCUUCCCGUCACCGCUUUUUUCUUUUUCCUUUUUCACGUCUUUCCCUCCUCCUUCGUCCGACCGAAAUUCGUUUACCCCGUCGAGCCGUUCCGACGCCCCUCCAACAUUUAAUUAAACGUCGAUCGAAGCCCACGGUCGAAAACGAUACAGCUUGUUCAACGCACGAAAACGUCAUUGUUCCCCAUCCGUCGAUCACCGAGCGCCACCGCAACAUCGUUAACGCGCUCGUUGUCGACGCGAAACCGCUAUCGUUGCCUACGUAAUUACUCCCGCCCCUUGUGAGAGAUGAGACGAAUUAAAAGAAAUCGGACGUUGUUUCGCGUAAAUUCCUAAUUUAUAAAUUUAUUUCCAUUCUCGAAAGAGAUCGAGAUUGAGAUUAAUUUAACUGUCAACAAAUAUAUAAAUGGAUCCGGGAAAUUCUGUACAUUCGCACAAGCUCGAAAUGAUUUCCGUUGAUAUUUUGCCUGUUUUUUGCAAUUUAAGUUUCAACUAAGCUCACGAAAGUUCUAGCUGCGUUAUUAAUGAAGGCAGUACGUAUGUAGAAGUUGAUAUAUCGACGUUGACGCGACCGACGCAUCGGUCGCACCCUCUAUAACGACAACCCCUUGUCGAGCUGUGACCCGAGUAGCAGGGUCACGGUGUGUCUUCAAGGUGGCCUGGUAAUUGCAUCAAUUAGCUCUGCAAGAGCGCAUUUAAGCACGAUCGGGCAUCACCGCAAAGCUUCGCAUGCGAAACCCGCGUUAAUUCUACCGUCGGCGAAUUGAGAAUUGGCGCGUAUAGCACGGGAUACGACCUAAUCGCGCCGGCUAGACGGAGCGUCUGAUUUUAUUGUUACCUUCAAUAUGACUUUCUUCAACGUCUGCGAGACGCGUUAUUACACGUCAUCGUCAAUUAUCUCUCGUUCUGAGAGCCGAGAGAGAUUGAGACUGUCACGCAUUGUAAUGAAAACCUUGGAAAAAUCGGUCAGUUUUCCGGUACGCAAUUAUCGGAAGCUAUAUAAAUGAUUACGUAAGGAGAGAUAGUAAUUGAAUUAAUUUAUUAAUAUGUUUCUUGAGAUGAUGAUUGGAGAGGCGUAGAUGGCGCAGAAACGACGACUUUCAUAUAAGAUUUUCCGAUACGUCGUCGACGUCGAGCGAGACAGCGAGGAAGUUGUGCGUCAAUUGGGAUUUCAAAUAAGCGACAGAGACAACGGCCGGGAUCAUAGUUGAAUCUCCAGAGGACUUUGGACUGUGCAUUUGGUAUAGCUACGAAUGAAACAGGACAAGAGUGGCGACAAGCGGGGGCGAGGGUCGGUCGCGGAGGGAGCCUAAGGACCAGGAGUUUGCGCGAACAGAUCAAUACGGGGGCUGUCCCCCGCACAUGAACAUGUCUCUUUCCCACUCUCUCUCUCUCUCUCUCUCUGUUUUCAUCUCGCGUCGCUAUACUCUUUCUUUCUCUUUUUGUACUCGUUUUGCGCAUUUUUGUAUUUUAUAUGUUUUCCUCUCGCAUGAGUUGGCUAAUGUGAGAUUGUAUUUUAAUUUUCGAUUAGUUCCAUUAAUCGCCACACAUAUUCUUUUUAUACUUUUUCACAUUUGCUCUCUCUCUCUCUCUCUCUCAUAUAACAUAAUAAUAACUGUACAGGAAAUAUUUUAUGUACUCUAGGAUUUUUUAAAUAAAUUUCUUUGUAUUUAAAGUUAUUUAGCUGUCUAUAUUUAAGUCCAUCGAUCCAUUCGCGUCUCCUUCACCCCAGAUCCGCGAUCCUUAUGAUCCUCUCUGCGAGCUACUCCCUUUUAUUCUAACCCAUAUUCUCCGUGUCUUCUAUUAAUAUUCUCGCUCGAUUGAGCCUCUCGAAGACUCCGUCCGCCUUAAGCUCAGCAUAUCCAAUUCCAGUUUUUGACAUAUCCUUGGAUUCAUCUUCCUAUCAUCCUCCUCGGAUACAUCUUUUCUUAUCAUCGCCUAAUAUAAUCUUUUUUUUUUUUUAGAAUAUUUAAAAUCCAUCCAUCCACCUGCUCUACGAUACUCUGCGGCCUCGUAGCAUUGACACUGUAUCGUCUAUCACGUUGAAACAUUGACCCGUUCCGCGUGAGCGUCUUUCUCUACUUUUAUCAAUUUUUCCUCCUAUCGCGCCUCUCGUCCUUACAUCGCCUUACCAUUUCUCCUUACAUAGAUCUCUCUCCUACUCCGACCGCGAGCUUAUACUUCUCUCUCGCCCGUCUCUACCCCUCUAUCAUGGCCCCUAGUUGGAUCAGUUCUUCCUCUCUUUCGCUCGUUCGCUCUUUAUUCAUGUAUAAGGUGUCCGAGAAUUAUCAUUAUUACUUUCAAUCACUUUGACCAGCCUCAAGUGGACGAAACUUUUGCUCCAUCUGUACCAUCGUUCCCUCGAUACCCAAUGUUAAAUUAAUUUUCUCAAAUUUGUCAAAUCCGUCGAAGUUUUAAUCAAUCCAAGAUAAUUUGGUCCACGUACUUACAUAAAGUCGAUCAGUGAAAAUUCUUGGAUUUUCAAUUUUCAAUAUUUGCCGAAAGAAAAUCGAUCGCGCUGUCGAAUGUCACGAGAUCGAGCGAAGGAAAAGUUCUCCAUAUUUUCGCGAUGUGUCUUUUCGUCGCGAGAUCACCCAUCUAUCCUGGCUGUACCACCCUGUAUAUCUGUAUCUUGCGCGCGCGCCCGACCGGCGCUCCGUCCUUGUCCGUGACGCGCGCGCUACCCUCAGCGAGGUGGUGGCGGUCCAGCGUGUUAGCCGUGCGGGAUGCUGAAUCCGUAGGAGAGAUUCAGUCGUAUUGCCUGGGCCCUCUCUGUCGCACGGCUAACGCCCGGUCGGCAGAGCGUGCGAGGUCUGCAUCCGCGUGCCGCCGAGAGGAGCCGAUUUCCUCCCUCGUCGAGAGCUCCUCUUCGUCGCGGCGGAAAGAAAAUCGGAGACGCAUUCGGCGGAAUGGGUAUGUCCGCGUGAGAGGGAUGCGCUGCGUGAUUUCGCUGGGGUAGCCGGCGGUUGCAGAGCUCACACAUCCGGAAGCGGACGAGAGCACGGUACGGAGAGGGAGGAUGGGAGUGUACGUGACAGGCGUAAUCGGCGUGAUCGUGUUCUACGUCGCGGUGCUAGCCGUCGGCAUAUGGGCCGCCGCGUUCAAGAGGAGGCAGGCCGCGCAGGGCCACCUGCAGGAUGACAUGAUGCUGGCGAACCGACGCCUCGGCCCGUUGCUCGGCGUCUUCACCCUUAUCGCGACAUGGGUCGGAGGAGCCUUCGUCAACGGGACCGCCGAGGCCAUGUUUACGAGGGGUCUAGCCUGGUGUCAAGUGCCCAUCGGGUACAGCCUUAGCCUGAUUUUCGGCGCACUGCUCUUCGUGCGCCCGAUGAGGAAGGCCGAGUACGUGACGAUGCUGGAUCCCUUUCAAGAACGAUACGGCGCGGGCGUCGGGGGCUUGCUCUUCCUCCCGGCGCUGUGCGGCGACCUGUUCUGGUGCGGCGCCGUCCUGAGAGCACUGGGAAGCUCCCUGGCCGUCGUCGCCGGCGUCGACCCGAACAUCAGCGUUUGCGCGUCCGCGCUCUUGGCGGCUAUAUACACGGUCUUCGGCGGGUUGUAUUCCGUGGCGUGCACCGACGCGCUGCAACUACUGUGCAUUCUGCUGGGUUUAGCGAUAGCCGCGCCGUUCUCCAUGCUGCAUCCCGCGGUAUCAUUCGAGCAUCAUCUGACGCCGAAGGACUGGCUGGGACACGUGAAGAACGAGGACCUGGGCGAGUGGGUGGACGGUAUGCUGCUGCUGGUGUUCGGCGGUAUACCUUGGCAGGGUUACUUUCAACGAAUCCUAAGUAUUAAGAGCACUUCCGUUGCAACGACCCUAUCAGUUGCCUCGAUGUUCGGUUGCCUGAUACUCGCGGUACCAUCGGCCGUAAUCGGGGUGGUCGCUCGUGCCACCGAUUGGUCCCAGGUGCCAGGUUACAACAGAACGUUCACCACGGACGACGGAAACGCCGCGUUGCCGAUGGUCCUGCGGUACCUCACGCCCCAAUGGGUGUCUUUCGUUGGUCUCGGUGCGAUCUCGGCGGCAGUGAUGUCCUCGGCGGACUCCAGUAUACUCGCCAGUAGCUCUAUGUUCACCAGAAAUGUCUACAAGCUCACGAUAAGGCCGAAAGCGUCCGAGCGUGAGCUAAACUGGGUCUUGAGAAUUGCCGUAAUCGCGGUUUCCGUGCUGUCCACUCUCGUCGCUCUCACGGUCAGCAGCGUUUACUACCUUUCGUACUUGUGCUCCGAUCUCGUUUACGUCGUUCUGUUCCCGCAACUGUUAGCCGUUAUCCAUUGGCCUACUAUGGUGGAUACCUACGGCUGUUUGGCGGGAUAUUUCAUCGCUAUCGUUCUGCGUCUCGGUGGUGGUGAAAGAGGACUUGGCAUAAUCCCGCUGAUCGAAUAUCCGUUCUACGAUACGAAAACGCGCACCCAGAAAUUCCCCUUUCGCACCGCCGUCAUGAUAAUCGCACUCUUCACGCAGCUUUUCACCAGCUUCCUCACCAGAACCCUGCUCGGUAAAGGGUACUUCCCGCAAUGUUGCGACGUGCUGAACAUCUACUCGCCCGGGAAGUCCAAGGAACCGUCGGGUGUCAUGCAAAGCAGCUCCGGCGCCGCUCUCAUGGAUUCAUCCUCGAAAUCGACGUCGGGCAUAGAUUCCUGCGAUGGCUGCGUUUACGACGACGAGAGGACCUGCAGCCGCGAGAACAUGGUCGAUCGCGGCGACCGUGACGCGAUGACCGGCAGCGACCUUCCGAAGAGCAUCGGGACGUCAGUGGUGCAACGAGCGAACCAGAAUUUGCAAAAUCUGCGUAGCGCGAUGCCGACGCCGGCGCGGCACGUCUCGAUGGCGAGCCCGGUGUACACGCCGAUACCGCCGAGCGACGCGUGCAAAGAACAGAUCCUCGGGGUGAGGAAUCUGCGGAGUCCCAUGACUCCCAUGAGUCCCGUGAGUCCCAUGAGUCCCAUCGGCCCUCAUCCGAUACUCUCGCCCACGCGGUCGAUCGGCGUCCCGGCAACGCCGAUCGCACCGUGCGCCCCGUCUUACGCCAAGAUGGGCUGCGAGCUCGGGCCGAGCAACGCCGAGAAGACGCCGCGGAACAUCAACGACAAGAUCAGCAUCGUCGACAGGAGCAACAUGGAGUACAACUUAAACGCUCAGGAGAACCCGCCCGCUAGCGUCGGGCCCAGAAAGAGCGUGAAGGGCGUGAAGCUCGUCGGCAUGGAGGGUGGUGGUGGCAUGCUGCGGAGACCGUCGCUGCAGCUUCCCGUGCAUAGCUCCCAUGAGACGGCGUUUUGCGUCACGUGUCCUCAAAGCACAUUCUCACCGACACCGUCGGUGGAGCUAGUCAACAUUCUGGAGAGGAGACAGAGCAGCGGCUCGUACGGACCGGGAUCUCUGUCCCCCGUGCCGGCGAUGGGGGUGGAGGCAUGCAAAACCCACGGGACCGCGACUGAGGGGCAGAACGGGAACGAGCAUUGCAAGAUAAAGAGAGGCAUCGUGCGACAUCACAGUUUGCGCAGCUUCAAUGACACGGGCGACCGAGUGUCGUUGACGACGCUCGCCAGACAACCGAAUUACCCAUCAAUGCCGCUGAGGCCGGACGACUGCCGUAUGACAUUAGCGAGGAAGGACAAGCGCCUGGCCACUAUCGGCAGGCAUUCGUCGAUGAACGAAACGGAGCUCAACAACACGAGCAGCCUGAUUGUCAGUCCCACCUUCAGCAUGUACAGUUCGGCCGCGAAGAGCUCUAAUUAUUUCGUCACCGACGACGAAGCCGUCAGCAGGUUCUAAAAUGGUGUUCCGUAACUAGGAGGUCUCCAGUCUUUACAGAAUAAAUAUAUUGGAAGACAGUUAUUAAUUACUUAUUUUGAGUAUCAAAAAAGCACUGUAUCAGAAUAGCUUAUAAUACUCUAAAUAAGUAAUUUCCAGUAUUAAAUUGAAUUUUCGUAAGGGAGAACCGAAAACGAUACUUGCGGACUCACUUAUGAAGUCGAAAUCGGCACGUUCAGCUGGUGCAACAAAUUUUGGUUCAGGUCAUUUUUCUUAUUCAUCAAAUUAUAUUUUUUCUUUUUAGAUAGAAGAGAAUGAAAUUAAAAGCAUAGGGUUUUGUAAAAGACAUUGAAAAAUUUUUACCUGGAUAGAAAGAGGAGCAACGAUGACUACUUUGAUUAAGGACACUGCGUAUAAUUUCAUUUUCGAUAUUAUCGUGUAUUGUAGAAUACAUCUCUUGCAUCAGCUGUACUCCCACUGUUGCGUCCCUGUUCUAAUAAGGCACACUUGGAGAACACGAAACAAUAAGGACAAUCAUAAAACCCGCCCCGUCAUUCUCUCGGCGUGCUCAAUCCUGUAAUUCUGUUUGUUGUCCGAUGGAUUCUAUCUAGAACUGUCACAAAUUUACAUACGCAGAAAAGAGAGAUAUAUUGAGAAAGAGAUAUAUAUUGAGAGAUUGAUAGAUCUCUCAAUCAAUAAGAUGGUCAACACGCGUACCACCAUGUUAGUUAACAGAAUUUAUACUGAGCGUUUUAUAUUGUGGAUUCGGAAACAACAUGAAUUACACGCUCAUAUAUUUGUGAUAAUUUGCGUUCUAUAAUCUCCGUUACUGCUAUAUUCGUUAUUCGCAUUUCAUUCCUUGGUUUGAGUAACACUCAUUAUUUAUGAAGAACCAAGUUAACGAAGGAAAUAUUUGACAGUCUUAUAUGAAAGUUACUUCGUAAGAAUAAAUUAUUAUAUAUUAUUAGAAUUUUAAAUAGUAUGACAUAGCGUUCGGAUGCAAAGCUAAUCAAUUAGAAAUAGAGAUCCUACAGAAAUUUAAUACUGUAAGUUAUUGAUUAGUAAUUACUAAUUAAUUACUUAUUUUGAGUAUUAAAGCACUGCUGUUAGUGCUUUUGUUCAAUAAAUAAAUAAUUAAUCAUUAAUCAAUUUAAUACAGUAUUAAAUUUCAUUAAAGAAUCGAAGUUUAUUAGUACAACUUUUGAUGAACGUUAUUUACUGUAUACGUUUAUACACCCUUCAUUCACUUGCUUCUUCUGGAAAAAGAAAUAAAAUUUCUCGCCACAUUUAAGUGAAAUUACACAACGAAUUUAAAAAUUCAAUUGGCAAUAAUUAUAUAAUUUCGUAUUGGAAGUAAAUUUCUUCCUUAAAUUAAUUUUAAUUCGUUUAGAUUUUACUGCAUCUGUACGUAUCAUUGUGCGUAUUUGUUAUUUGUUGCGCGUUGUCUUUUGCUGUUUGUUGUAUUUUUUUACGUAGGUAUGUGAAGUACUAAACUAAUACCAAACUAAACUCACACACAUUUCUUUCUCGCAAACAAGUAAUUUCUUGUUACGCUACUUCGACUGUAUCGAGAACAUUUAAUCUCGAUUAGGCAUUUGUAUACUAUAUAUAUAAAAUACGAGACUAGAAACAGCGUUUUAUAAUUCAUAGGACCCACUUACCAAUCUUCAGACUGACAACUAUGUACGGAACCAAUAGUUCGUAGGUGUAUGUAACCAAUUUUGUAAAUCACAGGUCUCCGACUUCGUGACAUUCCAACUUUGAACUUAAAAUAAGACGAAACUAACGCGGGCAAUCUCUUGUUUUGUUAAGAAACUAAGAGGCCUGGCUGGAUUCGUAAUGAAUAUUUAACAUUAAUCACUUUUUGUAUGUACAUACACGCAGACAUACAUACACAAAUACACUUGAUGUAUAUACACAUACACACAAUUGAGAAGAAUUUUGGCGCACAUUUAUAAACAUUUUAGAUUUUUAAUAUGACCCAGUUAAUUACUAGUGAUAAAAUAAUAAUAAUACCUUGGGAUAGACAUGCAACAUUUAUAUUAGAAUGUCUUAAAUUACGAUGUCAGAGACAAGAGAAUUGGAAUAAAAAGCAUUCAAAUAAUUCUUGUAACCAAAAUUUAAGAAUUUAGUCAAAGAAUUUAAUAAAAUCUCUUUGACGAUGAGUUAAGUAGAGAUUAAAGAAAUUACCAUAAACCUUAUCUUGAUCAUAUUGUUGAAUAAUGAACAAAAUAAUUCUAAACAAUUUCAAUACUGUGAGGAUACUUACUCUUCAUAUUGCUUUAAUAAAUUAUUUCCGACGUUUACGUUCUAUGCAAAAUUCAACGAACUUUAGUGAAUGUAUAUUUUAAACUGUCUUUCCAUUUUUUUUGUCUCUGGUAUUACACAAUUCGGCGUCAUGCUAAAAUAAAUCUCGUGCGACAACACACAUCUACGUGGUGCCGAAUGUACCGGGAAUGUGAAUGCAUUUACUAUUUCUCUUUAGUUUAAUUCGAGAGGAAGAAAAAAGAGACACGACCCGAUAAGCGUGGUCGUGAGAGAGACGACGCCGCAAGCUCCGGCCGCCAAGCAGAUCGGCAGGGCUUGCGUCGUUGAUAAGAACGGAACGUCCAAAGAGUGUCACGUGCAAAUUUACGAUAUGCCAACAAGAAAGUACGAUAUUUUUCCACCGACGCGAUAUAUGUAUCCUAGCUCCGUAGUAUUGUAUAGCACGACACACAACUUAUAUAUUGUACAAGUACAGCUACGAACGCGGAUUACUUGCGGUUGAUCCACAUUAUAUUUAGUGAGGAAUGUCCUCCUCAAGCUCAAUAAUAUACCUAGAAGGAAUGAACACGAAUGAUAAUUAGAGAUCACCUGAUAUAUAAAUAGCGAGAUUUUUAUAUCGCGCAAAGAAACUUUAGAUAGCAAAAAUACCUUCUUCAUCGCCAUUGGAUGAGCAACAUGAAUUUAUGCGUGAAUACGAAAGUUUACUUGUCAUUGUGUUAUUUCUAUUAAUUUCAAAGGUAGAGAUUUAAGAUUAUUGUAGAUGGGGCAGCCAAAUAUUUAGCGAAAUCUUCAGUUGGCUGCAGUUUUGUUAUAAUAAUUAUAUCCGAGCGCGAAAAUAACGCAAAGAUAGAGCCAAGAAACUUGCACGUAAUAACGCGUGUCGAUUUCUAAAUGUCAUUCUCGCACCGUCAUUAAUUUAACACCCUACCGUUGUAAAUGAGCAUUAAAUCUUAGGGAUUAGCAUAAGGACGAUUGUAGUUACUUAAAAAGAGUGAGACUUCAUACUCGAAUCGCAUCAUUUAGACUCUCUACGCACUUUUGUAAGACGCGCACGAUGUAAAAUAUAUAGCGGAGAGAUGAACAUCGAAUACCUGCAUCAGUAUUAUUAAAUUUAAGACGACGAGCAUUCGAGACUUAAUCGACUCGUGAAGAACUCAAAGAAAGUCCUUCAUAGCGUAGUACUUAAUCCUUUAAGGUAGAAUAAUUCGUCGGCUCGAUGGUCGCUGCACAACGCGUGCCCUUACUCUCUAAGUAUUUUUCCGCCCCUUACGGAAACCAUUAAUUCUAGUCUAUUGCAAACCUAAAUAUUAACAGAAUAUUAGUAGAAAAUUAAUUUUAGUAUAAGAUGAAGUAACCUUUAUAUAAAAUAUCUUGUCACCUUAGGAAAUUUCUUUUUGUUUUAAUAUCAUAUAAUUCGCGUGAUAUUUAAACUUUCCAAAUAACAGAGUAAGGUGAAAAGGUGAUGAUGUCUAAUAAAUGUCGGACAUCUCGUCUUUUGCCGUCGCUGCUAUUUAAGAUCUGUCUAUCAUUUCUGCGAUUCUUCACGUUUGCAUACGAAGUAACUCGUGGUACUUAUAUAUGCUACCUACCCUGUAUAUUACAUAUCUAUUUUCUCUGAAGACUUAUAUAUUUCCUCGUGCGCGCGUGUAUGCGACCGUCGGAGCUUUUGUAAGAAAAUACCCUUUGUAACGUACGCGUUCAUACCUAUGUCAUGUAUUACACGAUACUUACUGUUAAUAAGUAGCAUAUACAAGUGUAUUCAUCUUCGGAUAAAUUACGCAAUCGAUAUAUUGUGCAACGUGAAUUAUGUGCCAAAGCGUAAGAUAUAAAGAGAAUGCCAUUGGCCUGACCGCGCCGAUAAUGUGCGUCGAGGAGGAUCGAAAAAAAAUUAUAUCAAACGUUAUGCGCGAUACAGUCGAUUUAUAAACUAAUCGAAAAUUCAACCCGCUGAAAUUGGUUCUAAUAUCAAACCUUUCUGUUUUAUCGGAAAUUGAUUAUUGAUUUUUUUCUUGAAAGAUCUAGAAAAUGAAAAUGAUUUUGAAACAGAUUCGUUAAAAAUUCAUAAAAUCUUUUGGCGCGAAAAUAUAAUGCAAUAAACUUGAAUGUGCGUGAUAUUUGGAAAAACUAAGUUUACGAUUGCACGAUCAGCUCCUUGAAUCUUUUUGGCGGAUACGGUCAGCUAAUGUACAAGUUAGUCACGUAAGCUCGCCUUGAUAUAAGAAAUUGUUCAGCAUUAGGGAAGAUCGACAAGAAGGGAAGCAUUGACGUCCGAUAUUUGUAAUGAAAUUCCGAAAAGACCUCCAUGAAAUUUGGUAAAAAUAUCUCAAACGUUCGGAACGGAUAUUCGAAUUUGAUAAAGUUUUGUUAAGAUAACAUCUAAAUAUAAAUAUUUUGUGCAGAAAAUUUAAUAUGUAUAAAGCGCUUCUGAUUUAACCAUUUAUCUCAAUCAACAUUACCUCGAUAAUUAUAAAUUAAUUUUAUUUGCGUCAAAAAAUUUGUCCACGAGUAAUACCUACUUGUUUUGUUACUUCAGAUCCUUCUAAACCUCACGAAGAUCGGAGAGCUUUUCGGAAUUUCAUCUAUUUCUUUUAGAUAUUUUCGUCAUAUUAAAUCAUUCGCAUUAAUGGUAGUCUCUAAUGUUAUCACACAGUAUUUGUCAUGAGCGCAAUGACUAAGAUAAUAAUCGCUGUAAUGAACGAUGUCGCUCAAAGUGCCGAAUAAAGGAGACGAACUCGCAAGUCGCAAUAACAUUUAUUCAGAAGCAUAUGUAACUUAUAAUAGUAUUCUUUAUAAUCGUACAAUGUCCUCAAACGUAAUGAGAAACUGUCAGAAAAUUUAACAUACCGAAUCUACAUGUUCUAUCCUAAUUCCGCUAGAAUCUUACUUUUAUUUAAAUAUUUUUAAAAAUUAUUCUUUUAUUCUUUAAAACAAAAUCCUUUUCUUUUUUUCGGUAUCAGCGAAUCUUUGAUUAAUUUCUAUAUAAAGUUCUAUAUAAAGUUCUAUAUAAAGUUCAACCCCGAAUGCAUAUAUGCGUCGAAGUAUUACGUUUAACUUGUAUGAGACUGGUGAGACGCACAAUCUCUCCGUUUAGUUUUUAGAAAUUAAAAUCGAAAUCGGUAUCAAAUUCAACAUAAUAAUUUUUAUAGAUAAAUAUCCGAAAUUCAUUUCCACUCAUGAUUUAUCACGCAACACCAUCAUGUUCCUCUACCCUGUUUUUCUUCUUAUUACUCAGUUUCGACAUAACUCACAAUCAGUACAUUAACAGAAUUUUUAUUACGCCUUAUCUUAAAAUAAUACCUCAGAGAUAUCAUAUAUCCCGUACUUAUAUUUAUAAAUCAUCUCCAAGAGAAAUACAACAUCCUUUUAACAGUUUUUAUAAAACUUUAAAAUUCUAGAAAUUAAGACCUGUCUUAUUGUUGGACGAUUUUAAAAUGUGAAAUAUAAAAAUGUGACUUAACAUAUAUUAAACGCGCAUUAUUGAAAAUAAAGAUCGUUUUAAUCGUGAACAAAUCUCGAAUAUUAUCUGUAUUUUGAGAUACAUCUAACAGCGUCAUAAUAAUUUCGGUAGAAAAUAUAAAAUAUUUAGUUAUCUGUUCAACUUUAGUUCUGUAAUAAGAUAACAAUACGAGUUGUUGCUUUAGCGAUCAAUUCGGUAAUCUCAUCUUGAUAUUCGUCUAUGUACAAGUAUAUAGUAAAAAAUUAUAUAUUAUAUUAUGUGAUGUGUUGAUGUGUAUACAUGUAAGUAAAAAAAAGUAUUCGAACCCCCUCAAUAUUAAUACUUAUUGACAGGGAUAUAUAGUGAUUAAAGUUUUGAUUACAAUAAUCUUGAUGUAAACAAAUAAGUUUAAUGAUAUAAAUAUAAAUUUAAUUAAAAAGUUUCAGAGUAUGAAUAUGUAAUACUGUAUAUAAAUGUGUUAUAUAGUUACUUUAUAUUGAAUUAUUAUUUUUCAAUACAAGUCAAAUCUCAGUUGAACGCA